AUGGCCAAAGCUGUAGCAAGCACUUCAGCCCCUGGUGCAGCUAGCGGAACGCACCGGAUUGCACCCCUUUGGGGAACUGAGAAUUAUAAUAUGUGGCGCAUACAGAUGGAAGACAUAUUAUCAGAUCUUGAUCUAUAUGGCUACGUAAACAAGACGAUUAUUGCACCUAGCAAGACUGUACUGAAAACCAAAAGAAACCGGAAAGAUGACAAGGGCAAACCAUUGCCCGACUAUGAAUAUACAGCAACUAACGACAAGUACACAAAAUGGGUUAAAGCCGACCGAAAAGCAUUAUCUAAUAUAAGAUUAAGAGUUGACGGAAGUGUACUAAACCUAAUACAAGGAUGCACAACGUCCGCCGACGCUUGGAACGCCCUUGCAACGACUUACCAAGUCAAGGGAACGGUCGGACUCAUUGACCUACAAAGAAAGUUUUUCAGUCACCGAAUGACUGAUGGCGAAGACAUCAAGGAACACAUCCAACGCAUGCGCGGAUGGUUCCAGCAAAUAAACGAUAUUAGUCCCGGCUCAUGCACUGAAGCCGACUGGAUCACAACAUUGAUUGCAAGCUUACCUGACUCAUGGGAUUCAUUCUCCCAAUCAGUAAGUUUCCAAUUCAAUUUACAAGAUAACAGCGCGUUAUCAAACCAAGUAAAUGACAUUAGAUCGCGCAUAACAGCCAAAGCACAUAGAAAGAAUGCCCGAAACCCAGAAGGGAAAGCAUUCUUUAGUACAAACAAAGCGAGCUUCAAUAAACCUAUACGUACCGGCAGUAAGGGACCAGAUAAGUCCAAGUCUAAAUGCAACAACUGCGGUAAGAUAGGACACUGGGCAGCCGAAUGUAGGGGCCCAGGUGGAGGUGCAUACAAACCCGGUCAGAACAAUGGCAAAGGAACAAAUAGAAAGUUCAACGCACCAAACAAAGCCCAAAACGGCAAUGCAAGGAUGCAUAUAGCCGUUGAGGACAAUAACAGCCGUGCCGACUACGCGUUCUCGACCCUUGAGAAUUCGAAUAUAUAUGGAAGUAAGCCAACAAUGUUGUACACCACUGUAAGGUGGGUACGCGCUGGUGGAGGCGGGCGCUUGUGGCCGUACUACUACACUAGUUUAUGUAAUCUAACUGACUAA